GAACCAAGGACCUUCUUAUACUAACACACAAACUGUCCUGAAUGACAAUAAAGUGGCUAUUCUAUUCAAAUCGGUUCUAUUCUUGCUGUCAGUGCUAACCACUGCAUUACUGUGCAGCCCAGUAUCUGAUCUCAGUACCGAUAAUCUUCAUUAUUUACUUUUGUCUUUUUUCAUCAGAUUUUUUAAAGGUUUAAACAGAAGAAACUUGAUGUGACACACAUAUCAGUCAACACAGCCAGUUGUGACCCAUACCAAUAUUCGACCAAUGUUUUGGUUUAUUCCAAUAAAAGGGAGGGAAAAAAAUGAGUGAAACCAACUGGUUGACUGGUCACAUACAUCCUUUAUCCACUGUCACUGUAGCAACGGUGCCAAAAGUUCACUGACUCGAGCUACUCAGGUGUGCAGAACAUGCCCUUAAACGAUGAUCUGAACAACCACUCUGAAUUACUUUUACUCUUACACUUUAAUGCAGCGUGUUAGAUUUUAUGAUGGAAACUGAAAGCAUUAAGUGUCUUAUAAAGCGUCUGCUUUAUCACCCUUAUUGAUGAUAGUUUACAAAAUGAACAUCAUGACCUCCAAAUAGCGACUGAGACCAUAAACUCAUCAAGAGAGCAUUUACUGUGGUCUGAGAACGAGAGAGCAGAGGUCUGUCUUGACAUAGAGCUCGUUUUGCAACAGGACUUGGCCCAAGUUUAAGGUAAUACCGCACUGACUUCACUUUUCAGCUCAACUAAAUCCGGUGCUUUUCACUCCAGAGACUGAAUCUUUUCUUCGUUUUUUUUAAACCUGUGAAUUCUCCAAUGGCCUGUGGAAUCAUUAUCCAGUGACCUCCUGAAUUAACAUCCUCCACCCGUUCGGCAGCUGGGUAAAAAGGCUGAGGUUAGAGCUGGACAGAUCAUCUCAGUGGAAUAUAUAAUUAGUCUCAUGAUCUGCAGUAGAUGGGUCGUACUAGCAGACAGGUCACAUUGAGUCCCAGUGGAAUUUUUUCCAGCAAAUUUAGGUAGGCAGCGUUGUUUAAAUAGAAACCUGAAUCAUGGUUUCGUUCACAUUUGAACGCUUGAGACUCUGUAAUAUACAACAGCUGCUGCACUGCCCUUUUCUUCUAUGACAAUAUUAAUUACAGCAGCCUUGAAUAAUCUCUUCUCUUUCACUUGGCUCAGUGCAAUGUGCACUCUGCUGAAAAAAUUAAUGAAUUUUUGUUGCUUUUUCUCUGGAUUACUUCUGGUUUUAAAUCAGAGUUUACAUGUAGCUGCUCCCUUCAGAAGCCCCACUGUUAAUCUGUAGUUGCUGCUCGUAUCGCCUCAUUAAGGAUCCUCAAGUUUCUAGAACAUAUGGGUGAAUAACUGAGCUGCCUUUAUUUAGACUGUUGGAUGUUUUCAUGUGCUGUUCAGUCGUAGGUACAUGUCUCUUUGCUUGCCAGGCGCCCCUGGCUGACCCUACAGAGAUCAACUCCAGGAAGCAGCCCGCCAAGUGGGUGUGUCUGUGAGUGUGGCUGAAUACUGGGUUUCAGGUAGGCCUGGUGGGCGUGUCCUGUCUAGAGGAUGGCCACACCUGAAGCAGAUGAUCACACACACCUGCAGGUAAUGAAGCGUCGUUGGGGAGCUUCUUAAGACUGUGGCUGAGCGCUCCUCAGCGUGGGAUCGUUGUGUGAGACUCCACGUUAGUGUCGAUAAUUGUCAAGUCCAGUGAGUGCAUGCCUGCGGUAGUCGAGUGUCCUGACAAGUUGCAGCAUUUUUACAAACCAAUUCUGGUUCAUCCGUUUCAUUCAACGAUCCGCUUUCGGCUUUCUCAUUCUCCGUCGCCACCAUGCUUUUUCCGCCAUGUGCGUAUGAAAACAAAGGCACUGUGCAUGCGUGUUUUACCCAUAUUCUAUUGCAAUAUUUCAUUUUCUUAUCGUUGCCCAACAUUAUACCGGUAUUACCGUGAACGGUAUGAUAUGACUCAGCCCUACUCCUUGCCUUUAGAUUCCCCCUGCAUCUAAUAGCUUCUAACAGCACAUAGAGAAAUAUACAGCGAAAUGGCCUGAAUUAAUGCUUAUUGUGUGAGUCUGUGCGCUCGUCUGGCCACCUCUAAAAAGCGCUCUGUUUGGCUUUAUCCCGAUUCAGGGUCUGCAGCCUUAAAGGCCGCAUUUUAAGCCCGAUUACAUCACAGCGAUGCAAUGAAGGCUGUCCCAACUCAAAGGCUGCUCGAAAUGCGGCCCUCAAAUGCGUCCUUCAUUUCCCUGAAUUUUAAGGAUAUGGCGAUGUAGACUUCGUGGCCCAACAUAUCCCAGAAUGCAUAGCGCAGCCCGGCCAAUUCAGUUUGCAAUGAUGGCAGCAAGUACAGACGUGGCAGAAACAGCGGCGGAGGGCACCCACAUCCAUAAAUGUAGGUUACGUCGGAAGUACCGACACAAUUGUCAAAAUGCAAAAGAUAAUGGCGGUGUAACUGUACAUGUCACGGUGAAUUCAUUCUCAGCCGUCACACGUAGGUGACUGUAAAUACACAGUCCCGCUGAUUUGUAACUGGUCGGUUUUUAUAUUACCCUGUGAGGGUCACCGACAAAAACCUGAAGAUAACAAAAUACAAAAAUGUAGCCGUGUAAACUCCAAAUAUCUGCGCAAUGUGGCAACACAUCACAUAUCUGCACAAGUGCGCUGACGUUGUCGGAGACAUCUGUUACCGAACAGCGUACUCCGUUCCAACGCCCCCGCCCGCGCUCUGUCGCCACUCAGGUUAAACAUGUCACAGAAGUCACCCAAAUAACUUACAAAUGUUAUUGCUUGGCCUAUGACAGUGUUGCAUUUGUUCCUGAGAAAAUCGGCUUGGCUGAGAGUGAAGUUGGGAGUCUGCACACAGCUGAAUGUGCAAACCUAUCAUACUACACGUCAAACAGAAAAAUGAUGACACAGAAGUGUAAGAUGGUAGAAAAUGUACUCCGAUGUCCUGUCAUAUUCCAGGGAGUAAGGAGGAGAUGGCUGAGCUCAUCAAACUCCGGGGUGAAAACAAACACCUGUUCACUGGUGCCAGGAACUCAGCCGCUGCGGGUUGGAGGGCAAUCCUGGAGCAGAUGGGCCUGGCGGGCCAAAUCACCCCGUUGCAGGCGGGAAAAAAAAUGGGACAAUCUAAAGAAAAAAUACAAAGAUUGCAAGUAUCCCGCAUCAGGUGAGGGGGUGAGUGGGAAGACCACUGCUGCCACUUGGCCCUGGUUUGUCCCAAUGGAUGAGGUCCUAGGACAGAGGCCUUCUACCAGGCCUCCAGUCCUAAUUGCCUCCAUGCAGGAGGACACUCCAGGGCCCAGUACAGCAGUGGGCACCCAAGAGCAGGAUGUGGAACGGCGGGAGAAUGAGGCCCAGCUGGAGGCACGGCCAGAAAAGAGGAAGAGGGACAGGGAGGAUGAAGUCCUGGAAUUGAUAAAAAAGGACAUGAGGAUACAGAGGGAGAUUGAAGAAAGACGUGCUGAGCGAAUGGACAGGAUCAUAUGUCUACUGGUUGUGGAAAAACAAAAUGAGUAAGGUAGUGUGAAUAGGACCCAUUGUACAAACACUUACAGUUGUCAUAUUUAUGUUUGUGCAGGAUAUGUGAAAUGUGGACGAAAUAAUUUAAGUUCUGUUAAUACAAGUUGCACUUUUUAUUUGAAUUGUUGAACAAAUGUGAAAAAUGAACAGAAUGUACAAAGUCCUGUGAAUA